UCCCCGACUUUGACUCUUUCACACUCUUUUUCGCCAUUCAUUCAUCUCUGUGGGCUUUCCUUUCCUUUCCUUUCCUUUCCUUUGAGUGAUCCUGCUUGCACCCUUCUCUCUCUCUAUCUUUGUCUGUUGGUACUGCGCCUGCCAUUCGAUUAUCGAUUCCAUCCUAGCUUCUUACUCUCUUCAAGGUGUUACGACGUACGAAGAGUAGCUUUGCUCUCUGCCUCUUCCGAUUUUUUUUUGUGCUUAUCUGGUGAGUUCUUUUCCUUCUAUUUUUUUUCUCAGGUCAAAUAGUUUCUCAUGUGGAUAGAUUCUUCACUUGCUUGAUUUCUUACUUUCCUAGAUGUCGUCCCGUCUUCUGGUGUUUUCGCCUUGUGGGUUGUGAUAGAUUUUUGGUGCUUUCGUUCUCAAGAUUUUCUUUUCUGCACAUUUCUUUUGAGCUCAUCUUGCGGCAAUUUUUUCCCUUUCCGUUUUUUUUCCUAGUUGAAAUCUGCAAAAUUGUGCCCCAAUUCGGUAGGUUUUUUUUUUAAGGUCAGCCUGUAUGGCGGAUGCUGGGAUGCUUUCUUUCUCAGUACCCAGUUGUUUAAUUUUGGUUUAACCCUGGCUUCCGCUGCUUUUUAGCAUUUCGAUUGAUGUUAUAAUCAGAUCUAAGGAAGUGGGUUGCCGUAAACUUGUUCUGGGUUGUUAUUCUUUACUGAUCUAAGGCCUGCUGAUUCGGUGUUCUAACUGCGGCGAGACCUUUUCAUUUUUCUUUUCUUCUUCUUUCUCCUGCAGGGUUUCUCCGGAAAAGAACUGGUGUUGUUGCCAGCUACAAUUGUGGCUAUCAUUUUGUUGAAAGGGACAGUAUGCGGUGGAUUCUGACUGCUUCUGUUGAUGUUUAUCGCAACGUUAUCUCCCUCAACUUGUAUUGCAGAGUGAUUCUGUAAACCCUUUCCUUUGAUACCCAGAGAUCACACCCCCCUUUUCAUUCUUUCCCUCCUUCAAUCCAUAAUCCUUAUCCAUGGGAUCUUCCUUUUUCUUUGUCGUGCCGUGCCUUGUGCGCCAGAUUAGUUGAAUACUAGAAGUUAUAAGUCCCCUCCAAUUUCUUAGUUCUUCUUUUGUGUUUCCCUCAAAUUUUAGCUAGCUCUCUCCCCUGCUUGAAGAUUCGGGCGUCUCAAUUGUUGCUGAUAAGUCUAGAUUUCACUUGCAAGUGAUUCAUCUUGUAAUUGGCCUGGUUUGAUUCAUUCCCAUUCGAGACUGCCAUUGUGAUUACACAUUGAAGGGAUUGUGAAGUAGUUAUGGUAAGCCAAGCAGCAAGCCAAACAAAUUUUCGGGCUGUUAAGUACGAAAAUGGGAUUGCUGGGAGUGCCGCCAUAGUUGUUAGAGUUAUUGCAUGCUUUCAUACAUUAGAGGAGUGCCAGGUGAGUGUUGAUACCUUACUUCCUUGUGCUGUUUGAUUCCAUGUGCGCUUUGACAGGUGUUUUGCAAAUGGUGUAUACUGAUUCUGUUCCCUCUUCUCUGAUCUUCCAGGCUGAAUAUUUCCGUCAAUUGCUGAAGCCUGUAACGUAGAUAUUGUUUCCUGCAUUUGUGUUUUCAAGCUUACACUGGAGUUUUUUCUUUUUACAAUUGCAACUGAAAGAAUCAGCCAGUAAACCCGAAGCUUUUGACAUCUGAAGGUCUUUGCGGUAUGUUUCUUGUCUCUUGCUUGGAGUUCAGUCAUUAAUAAGUAAUCUUCUGCCCUUGUUAUUAGCGUUUGUAUUGAUUUCUUCAUGUUCUCUGUUACAGGUGAUUACUUGAAUUUGGAUGGGAGACCCUUUUGGUUCCUGGAUCCCACAGCAACUAUUUGAUUGGAAAUCACCAAAUUUGGACUAUUUGGGUUCUCAGUGUUUCCAAUCUGGUCAACAGGAUCAUAUUCCUUCACAUAUGAACUCAAGUAUUCCCAUGGUAUCCCCAAAUGGGAAUCUGGGCACCCACCCUUUCCAGGAGCUACCUCACUCAAGGGUUCAUGGUCAGACCAAUGAACAUGAUAGCUGGUUUUAUGGGUUGCCACAUUUCAGACAGGCCAUUAUGCCUGAUCUUGACUCUGUUCUUCCAAGGGAGAGGCUCUACUCUGGCCCCAAGUCAAUGAUCAAUCCCAUAGCAGAAUCUGACAGUGGUGGCCAGAAGAGAUUCCUUGUCUUUGAUCAGUCUGGUGAUAAAACAACUCUCAUCUUCAGCUCGGGCGUUGUGCCACCUGCUCCGUGCCUUACUUCAUGGAGUCCUAAGCCAAUUGUUGCCUCCAAGUUGAAUAAUGAAUGCCCUGUAUCAAAGGAGCCUCUAAAUCUCCAGUUGAAUCUGGUAUCAACUGAGAACGACCAUGACUGUGCUGGUUUGGAGAGUGAGAUGCCGGAGGACACCGAAGAACUGAAUGCGUUGCUUUACUCCGAUGGCGACAGCGAUUGCUCAGAUGAUGAUGAUGAUGAAGUUACCAGCACAGAUCAUUCGCCCAGUACGAUGACAGCUCACAAUAGUCCACGCGGUUUGCUCAAUAGUAGCAAAGCAGAAGUGGUUGCCAGUUCUGAUGGUUCUUCGACUAGGAAAAGGAAGCUGUUUGAUGGAGCUCACAGCGACGACAAGCCAUCACGUGUCGACACUGCCAGUUCCGUGAAGGUGGACAUCAAAGUGUCCGAGUAUGAAGAUGAUGCUGAAUCCAGGUGCUUUGAUGGGAUGGAUUCAGCAUCUAGUGAAAACCCUGGUUGCGAAUUCGGCAAUAAGAGGCUGAGGAUAGAAAAAAUACGCGAGACAGUGAACGUGUUGCAGAACUUGAUCCCAGGUGGGAAGAGCAGGGAUGCAGUUGUGGUUCUAGACGAAGCCAUUCAUUACUUGAAGUCACUGAAGGUGAAAGCAGAAGCCUUGGGGCUUACUGGGCUAGCAGGUGAAUGGUGAGCCGCAGCAGUACUGUUACUGCAAGUGGAGUGCCAGUAGCAGACGCUACUGGGCAGUUACAAGUACAUUACUAUUUAGAACCUCGUAUCCUCGGUGUUUCCGGAAUAAGCUUGUGAGUUGUGCAGGUGGAGUAGCAAGUAAGUAUCGAGUUGUUAAGUUGGUAAAAUGUGAAGUUUGCUUAAGGUGGUGAAUAGUUGGCGUGAAAGGAAGGGUUCCUUGGAGUUGGAGGGAGAGAGCCGAUCCAAACAGUAGCAGGUGGUCUUUACUCUUCUGUUGAAUGAUGAUGAAGUUGGAAAUCAGUGGCAGGCUUUAGAUAUACGGGGGAAAAGAGAGAUAUGGGUGUUUCUUUUAUCCAGCCUCUAGAAAGGAAGAGUGGGGGAGUGCAGAGCCUAUAAUUGCUAAUAAAGUGAAAGAUGGAGGAAGAAUGAUUAAGGAGAUGGCUAUGGGCUUAGGGUUUAGUGAAAGUAAGAGGAUGGAGGGGUCAGAAUCAGAUUUGGCGUGGCCUUGUGGCCGUUUAAUUCAAGGAAAGAAACAGAGGGACCCUCCAGAACGCACGCUUCAACAGCUUCCUUGCUGCUACUUGGGUGAAUUAUGGUUUUUUAUAUAAUCAAUCAAUCAAUCGUCUCGAAUGUUGGGAGAUGGUAAAGUAACUUGUGUGGUGGCCUCCUUUUGGUCAAUCUUAUUAUAUAGUAAUAUUUGUCUUAGUAGUGGUGCUGUAUUUCGUAUGAGUACUUAUGGGUACAAGUACAAUGUUGGUUUUGUCAAGUUUGGGUGGACUUUUGCUGUUUAUGAAGUAUGAUAUAAUGUAAUGUAAUGGUGGGUUGGAGUUUUUUGUUGUUGUUGUUGUUGUUGUCAUCACGCGGAUUGUAUUCACGUGGCAUGCGUCCUAUAUUUUUACAGCAUAUCAUAUGCUUAUGAUAUGGAUACAGAGAGGGUGAGAUAGCGAUGUGUCGUUCUCUGUGGGAAUGCGAUACUUGCUCCACCAUCGAUGCAUCAAUUCAACGAUGGUAUGUUUUUGCUUUUACGUGACUUAUUAUUCUUGCUGCUGCUGCUGCCUGUCAAUUGUGGGUUGUGACAGCAAGCAAUUGGCACGCCGCCGGUGACUUUAUUCUUUCAGUUCCGGCUGCUGGUACUGCAGCAGAGCGGGGUUCUUUUGUCCUUGUUCUUGCUAACUCCUUUGACUUUUGUAAGGCGUGGCUGCAUGUACAGAUGAGGACAAAGGAAAAGAGACGGUGAAGGCCAGGAAGGAAGGAAGUCGUUGGAUCAUAUUACCACGGAAGAGGAAAGCUAAAGGAAAAAGAAUAUUGUUUGACAGGGUCUAGAAUCUAGAUAGAUAGACUGUGAUUCUGGAGAAAGAAGAGAAUAACUGCUGAGGCGUGGCGUGGGAACGCGCAGGAAGGAAGGAAAGCAGGCGUGCAUGCGCUGCUGCGACUUGUUCCUGAUUCCCAGGUAGCAUUACUAAAAAAACUGCGACUUUGGUGAUGAGUGAGUGAGUGAGAGAGACAAAAAGGCAGGGGCUGACGAUCGAGUAAAGAUAUGCAGGACAGGAGGGUUCAGUAGCUAUUGGGGUUGAGAGUAAAGAUCAAUGACGUUAACUUGUUAACCACUUAGCUGCUGCUAUUGGGCAGCUCAACAUCAAAGAAAGCUCUGUCCUUUUUCCCACCUAUUUUACUUUCUACUGAUUUGGCCAUUUGGGUAUUGUUCAGCAGAUAAAAGGGUGAUUGAGAU